AAGAAGAGCACUGAGAAAGUCGGGAAAUUCAUAUAGACCAAACGAAUCUCCAACAAAACCAUCUUCCUUUCUGUGGUUCCUAACAUAAUCACAACCCGAGGACGGUGAUGCAUUCGACGGUGCAGCAUGGUGGGAACAAGAGUGGCAAGUCCAAUGUAUGGGCUAACACUAAUUUGGCAAAGACAGUGGCAGCUUUAGAUGAGUUCAAAUUUGGAUUCCCAUCAGGCGGGUUAACAACUGUGUCAAACAAAUGGUGGGGAAGGCCAGAGAAAGGUGGACGCCAAGAUGUUGGAGGAGAGAAUACUGAAGAUGGAGAUGGAGAUGUCAAGGACGAAGCAGCUUCUCAUACGCAAAAUUCUUUGGUAGCUAUUAGGAAAAGAAUAGCGGAAGAAGGAAGAGAAGCUGUUGAACUUGGUCUGCAUAGAGGAUUUUGUUCAAAAAGACCAGACAAGAGAGAUCAAGUUUUAAUGUUUCAGAUCUUCAACUCCGCACUGCCAAAGGAUUGGGUUACUGAUUCUUCUUAAAUUCGUAUUCUAGGUUUAGAACAGAGUUCCCUCUUAACAAUUAUGCUCUCUUAUAUGUAAUCCGCAAGUUCUUUAACUCCUGCAAACUAUAUGUAUUAUGUUUGUAAUCGAAAGGGUGAAUAACUUUCUGUAGCAUUGGAGAAGCAUUCACUUCUCACAAAAACACCAAAAACCAAUGAAGUAUGCUUAGAUCA